AAUCAAAAUCCGGAAGUCGGUAUUUUCGGCUUCUCCCUCUCCUCAUACAAUCUGCACGUGUUUAAUAUCAUUUUCAUGGGCUGCAAUUUGGACCCUUCAUCGUUUCCAUAAUAGUCAUUACCUUUCACGGGUUUGAAGCGCCUCCGCAUGCUACCCUGUUUCUCGUUAUCUCGAGCUCUUGAUUUUCCUGGAAUGAGAUGGGUUUUGGGAUGGCCGUUGUGUGGGGUGGUUGUAUAAUGUCCACUUGACCCAGUCGUAAUAUUGCCCAAAGUGUCCGCGAGAGGACAAAGUACUCCGUUGUAUUGCUUUGACCUUUGAUGCUCAGAGCAUCAGGACGAUAUGGCGAUACCUGAGACCGGUUCGAUUACGCCAUUUCGCUAUGGAAGUGUCCUGAAAAGUUGGUGGCAGACCGUCCUGGUUGCGGUGAUUGGAGUUAGUGUCCUAAUCGGCGCCGCAAUCAUCCUCCUCAUCGCGUUGGACAAGUUGCGAAAAUCGUUGCGAAACCGCAAUUCAGCACUAGUGCUGCCUCAAGAAAUCGCUCGUUUUCUCCAAUCGUCUCUUAAAAUAGAACCAAGCCUCCGGGCACAUUCGACGAGACGACUCAAAAAACCUUCGACUUUUGAUGUAUAUUUGGGGCCAAUAUCGAACCCUCCGAGCGAAGAUGAAACACGCGUGCUUUCGCAAUCCGAUCUCAUCAUCCUGGAACCAUACGAGAAGGGCGUUCUAGAUACGCUCAGCACAUCUAGAAUUCCACGAGCUGCUCGCGUUGUCGCUAGAUACGAUUUUCGAAAGCAUAUGACCACCGAGCCAGAUAAGGAAGGGGGUUUCAAAGUCGGCAACCGAGUUUCCGUGGAAUUUGUGAAGUCCUUCCUCCAAGCUGUCGGCUUUUCUAUCAAGAAACCUGGCGAGGAAUCGCCUUUCAGCGGCAUCUUAUUGGCAGGAUGGGAAGAUACCGUGCUAUUCCCGUUGCUUAUGGGCCUAGCACAGUUCUUCGGCGACCUGGGUCUGGAGGUGUACCUCGAGGUAGCUCCACCACAGUUCCUAGAUGAUGUGCAGCAAUUGGAUCUCAGUCCCUUCGAUGGCGUCGUAGUGCGCAAUGCGACCGUUCUUGCGGACGGAGAGUCCAGAGACUAUUUUGCCAUGGGCAAGAUGGCAUCCACGGUAAAGGCAUUCGUCUCGCAGUCCUGUCUUAGGGACUUCACGGUCAUGAUGUGGGAGACAGUGGACGACCAGGCUGAGAUGUCCUUAGCCGUAUUGCGCCGAAGUUUCGGUUGGUGCAGUUAUCAUGACGCCGUGGUCUGGACCAAUCCUGCCAUGGCGCUGGUUGAUGCGUCUCAAAACGUGCGCGUUGAUGAACCCCUAGGCGCGUUCAGAUGGCUCAAGGAGCAAAAGGUCAUGGAGUAUCAUGAGACGUAUAGGAAUACCCGCCUGUUAUCUUCAAGAGCCGUUUCUCACGCUGCCGAUUAUCGAGAGAUGUUAGAACUGGUACCAUCUUUGCAGAGCAUCGUCUCGGCUCUGAGAUCAGGAAGUCAAUCCGAUGCCAUGUCAACUAUCACAACAAUCACACUCCAAAGUCAGAACGAAGAGCCAGAGAUCGAUUGGCGCGGAAUAGUCUCUGACGAGACGGAGCGAACGGCCCUGCUCGACCAACAGAAAGCGUUGGAAUGGGUUGCUCGAAUGGAACAAAGCCCGAUCAACGCAUUGUCUGUUUCUCAUCUCGGAGCCGACUUCACAUCAUUCGGAUGCUUCCCGCUUGGGAUCGACGUGACAAAAGAAGAUUUCAAAAAGAUUGUGAAAUCCCAAACGCGUCUUCAGCGAUUGGAGUUGUUGGAUCGCGUCGGUGCUGAUGAUGUUGUCAGCCUUGGCGAACGCCUCAAUGCUUUCUUAGCAUCAGAACCUUCUUCAAAGCUCUCGCCAUCGGUUCGACGUUUCAUCCGCGACUUAUCCGAUGGCUUAAGCAAGGCGUCAGAUUCCGAUCCUACAGGCGACCCGGUGCAGAUAUUCCGCGGUUUGAAUUCCGGAUUUCAAGUUGGUGCCGACACAGAGGCCCAAUUCUGGGCGGUGUAUGAGGACGAUCGAAGGAGCGGAGGUCUCGUUAUCUACGUAUCCAACAAUGCUCCGGAUCUACUGUCGACCGUGGUACAUACGUACCUGAGUAGUAAGAAUGUCCUUCGGUAUAACUGCUUCCUCACCGAAGCCUCCUUGCACGAGUAUGUGGCGCCAUCCAGCCGAGAACCACUCCCUCCCCGACUCCUACAGGACCUUCGUAUCCUCACUCCCGCAGAUAUCCUGCUAUUCCUACAGCACUUGAAGUUUUCAUACUCUAACCUCGACUGCCAUUUACUAUCUGCCAUUUACCGAACUUGCGAGGAGAUCUUGCUGGACAUUCCAUCUUACAAGCAACUGAAAGAGCUGGGAAACGUGGACUAUCUCAAAGGUACCAUCCAGGUUCCUGCCUUGGUUUCUGCUAGGGUUUCUUGGUACAAACAACAUGGCUGCGUGCAUUUGGAUCUACCGACAUGCAUCCAAAUUUUCGAAGAAGUUGACGUUGCCUUCCAAUUUGCGCUGAAACACCGCCGCUAUGAUUGCCUGAACAUCUUCACAAAUACGCUAUCAAGUCUCCUCGGUCCCACCAAAGGUCAAGAGCUGGGAAGCAUUGAUUGCUAUGCGGAUAUAGUAGCAUUUUCGAUCUUCUGCGUGGCUCGGAAAUUCGCCUUCGAUGAAGUUUUCAUUGAAGUGUCCGAUCGCAAUCCGCUCUUCAACGAGUUCUCGGACCAAAGUGCUGCUUUUGCCGAGCUGUUUGCCCUUGGCUCACGAUGCGACGCCUAUUUCGAUAUCACACCGAAUGAGAUGGGCAAGCUCUUAUCAGAGAAGCAUCGAGCACACUAUAUGCUUCCUGAAAACCAGCCGCCUGUUCAAGUCGACAAUGCCCCGAGUUUUGCAACAGUCUAUGCUGCGGCUGAGUCGGAUAUCGACAAGGACCAGGUGCAUGAGACACUUCCGGGAUAUCAACGAUUCACUUUCCUUAGCGUAUUUGCUAUCCCCGCUCUUGUUGAUAUCAUCCUCCUUACAACCACCGGACGCGGUCUGUACCUGAGCAAGUAUAUGCAGCAAGACGAGAAGGAGAACGCGACACUCGCUCUCUUGGUAUCUCUCCUCCUCUCUGGUGCAAUCGGAACAUGGAUUGCUAUGGGAGGGACAUACUACCUCAUCUCCAUGGCUUUCUCGGCAGCCAAUAUGUUUGUUCUAACAAGACUUGUUGGAGGGCUGUCGAUCACCAUCCUGGGUGGUGUGAUUGGACUGAUCAUCAUCGGUAUCCUUGAGAACUUUAAGGCAGGAGUCAUUUUCUUCUGCUACCUCCUCAUCCUAACAGCUUAUCUCACCGUCCUUGCUGCUCUUUCGAUCUAUCAGUUUCCAGGAUCAUCCUUCUUGAAUGGUCGCAUUGUUAUCAUCACCAUCCUUCCGACUCUGAUGAUUGCACCGAUCGUUACAAGUUUUGUCUCGCAGUACAACACCCUGAUCUACAUACUCCUUCUCUUCUUUUUCAUCUCUCUACUAUUCAUUGGGCUUCGCAGAGUAGUCGCUCAGUGGGUCACUUGGUGCUCAAAGGUCAAGACCGUCGAUGACGCAACCGUGAAGAAGUGGUAUAUCGAUAACCGAGCAAAUGGGAACGACAAGGUUUUCCAUGGACUCACUGCUCCCGCUGCGAUGAACCUGUCCCGCCAGAAUCUCAACGACGCAGUCGAGAGGGAGCGACGUAGAGGAUUCUGGCGGAAAUCAAGUGCUGAUAACCUGGUCCGAGAAUUAGCGCAAUCUUGGGAAGCGACCGUGUUUUUACUGAACUGGUACUGCCGCUUAACAAGUGUCAAGAGACCGCGACCUUAUAGCUCCACUUGGAAUAUCGAAGUGCGGGUCGCCUUUGACAGUCUCCAACAGAACCAGAAAGCAAUCCGCUUGCACAACUCCUUCCUCCACUGGCGAAACUCGGGGGACGAGAUCGGUUGCGGCGUUUUAUACUUCAUAGUUGCCCUACUCGAUCGGUGGAUCGAACUGUUCUUCGGCGGACCGGUUGUUGGUCUUGGAUUAAUUGGCUCGAAUGAUGCCUUCAGUGUUGCAACUGGUUUCGGUCUGGCCUAUUAUCUAAUUGGUGCCGUCUUAUUAGACUACAAGGCACAGCACCUUCAUCAGCAGUCCCAAGAAACAAUUCCCCUGUCUAUCAGUUCUCCAGAGAUGAUCCACGACGCGAAAACCCGAGAUGCUAGAGUCAAGCGAAAGCUGUAUUGGAGCACCCUGGGCAAGUUCCUCGGAGUCCACGUAUGGACACUUGCACUAUGCUCGGCACUUGUAUGGAUUUUUGCGAGUGAAAAUGGUUACGAGGCCGUCGUCAUGUUCCUCGCUUAUACCGGUGCAUACAGCGGCCUGCUAUGGUAUCAGUACAACAAAAUCUUUUCCGGCCCACAUGCAGUCAUGCCCUUAUUCACAGCGACUCUCCUUGGUCUCCCGGCUGGCUGCCUGCUGCGACAUUUCAAAAGCAGUUUUGUGUAUACCCCGGUUAUCUCCUUGGCUUUUGCAACAUGGGUUGCUGCUAUUACAUCCAUAUAUACGGCAAAGAUCGGCCUCCCAAAGAGACGAAGUUCAUCAAAGAGAAGGAGAGAUUUUGUGUUCCAUGCAUAUCGAGAUCCUGGCGUCGACCAGCAAUGGAGUCAAACGGAGCUAGAGGCAUUCUACGAGAUGGUCAUGGACUCACCGUCGAAAUCCCGAUUCAAGAUCAAAGCGGACGGGCACCCGGGCGUCGAGAUUCAAACUCUACUCCUAUCUUGCAACCAAGAAUCUCUUUCGAGUACUUGUCUUGAAGCAUUCCCCACUGGACCUGAAAUCGUCGAGAUCAUUGUCAAGAAGUGGAGAGAUGGAGAUAUUGUCAUCGAGCUUGCCCAGAUGAAGUCAGUCCUGCCUCAGGGAUGCGAGAUCAGUGCAAUUAGCGCAUUCCAUGAGGGACGCCUCCAUCUUAUCGUAUCAUCAGAUGGGGGCCCAACUUCAGGGCGGCAGCCGAAUAUCACUAGCAAUUGUCGAGCUAUCGUCGAAAUGCUCCUGCAUGUCGGUGGCGUGUCAUAUUUUGGUCUUCGUCACGAGUAUGCGACCAUUCUGGAGUCACUUCUGGUAUGCAAACUCAAUAGUGAAAGCCAUAUCACGGAGAGCUUGAAGAGGUCUCUUUCAACAGACACCUCUACUGGAGAGGUUGCGGCUCUUGCGAACGUGUCAAGAAAAACCUUGCUCCGUAACCUUUGCUUGGGGUUGCAAAUCGAGACUGCUUGGGACCUCCUUCCGCUCGACAUCCGUCGCGCGCUGUUAAACCGAUGCAUGGGUGACUUUGGCUCAUUUUCUGCCGCAGAGAUCCUUUGGUUACAAUCGAAUACGGAUGCCGAAGAAAGCUGCCUGCUCAACACUCGGUUGGCCCGAUAUGACCUAGGCGCCAUUCUCGCUGUGAGCAACUACAACUACUUCAAGCGGGCGGGUCCCAUUCAUAAUGGGAAGAAAGUCUAUCAACAAGCACCGGACAUUCAAUUCAUCGGACCUACCGGCGAUCUGGAGAAGCCAUUCCUCUCACGGGCCCUCUCAAAUCUACGCAAGCCGAUUGCCUUCAUUUUCCGUGUGCUGGGAACCUGCAUCAAAUUCUUCGUCAUUGCACCAAUGGCCGACUUGGAAUAUCAGCGAGAGCUGGAUUGUACCCUUCAGGGUGUAUUUCCAGUAUUCUCCAAACCAGCUGUCUGGUUUCUGACAAGUUUCUGGCAAUAUUCUAGGGCUAUCCAAAGAUUCGUUCUUCCAUUCUACCUGCUCCAUGACCGCGAGGACCUCGUGGUUCUUUGGCACGACAUCAAGGGCACCAUGCUGACGCUGAAGAGCAAGCGGCUCACUGUGAGGAGUAACAACAAAACCUUCACCGGCUUUAUCCACAAAGAUAGCAAGGGUGGUUUCGAGCUGUAUCAGUACGACGGAUCUCACACAUCUGAACCCGGGAAGUCCAAGGUCGUUAGCAUUGGAAAGUAUGCAAAGGACACCAAACUGCUCUCCCGGCAGGAGUUCGAAAAUGGCGAAUGCGUCAACGAGUUCGUGUACGAGUAUGCCACCAAGUCGCACGCGAAUCCUGGCAAACUCACCAAGCAGGGGCACUCUAAAAUACCCCUUUGCCGCAUCUGUGUUCGCGGCAGCGACGAAUCUUCGGUCGUUCAAUAUAACAACAAGGGAUUCCUCACAUCUGGUAGCUACAUGCUGUCCAGCAAUAACUUGGUCCGUUUCAAGUACCACUACCGGAAGAAUGCCAAGUUCACCGACAAACUCCUUCGCGCAGAGUUUAUCCUUCCACAUCUCUCCGUCAACGUCAGUUGGGCGGCACCCCCGAUCCGACAUCCCCAUAAGACGGAUCGGUGGAUUCCUCAUUCCCGGGUCCGUGAAGCAACAUUUGUGCAAGGUUCAGACGUAUAUGAGUGCAUCUGGAUAUACAAUCAUCAGUACCAUCCCACAAUCAUGACCAAACUCAAUGGUCAGCAGGUCGAUACGCCUGACAUGAUUCGCUUCGACUGGCUCCGGUUGCUGAAGAAGCCAACCAGGUGCACCUUCAUCUCGGACAACCCGCUUGGACAGUUCACAUCCCUCCAUUACGGUUUCUUCCACAGACUAUUCCGUAUGAAUGUCCAACGGCAUCCCGUCUCAACCUCGGCAAUGCGCUCCCAGCUUUGGAAGUCUUGGAAAGCAAGUGUAGAAAUAGAUGGCGUGGUUGUUCGCUGGCUUGACGAACAGCUUCUUCGCGAUGACCCCAUUCUGCGGCCGUAUUGGAGAAAGCGUGAUCGGGGAGCUCUAGUCAAAGCUGAAGACUAUUUAGCGCUCAAUGCGGACACAGUCACUGCCAGCGCCGAGCUGACCAACGAUAUCAGUGCCUGGACUCCGCUUGCUAUCCGAAUGGGAGACCUAUUUAGUUUCGGCCAGGGGGGCGAUGCUGUCGUGUAUACCCGCACAAAGGCACUACAGCCUGAUACCGAAGAUACUCUUCAUGUUGUGGCAUCAGACACGGGAACCUGGCCUAACGAAGGUGGAGGUGUCAGUGCCUGCCGAAGAGACCUCAUCAACAACCUUAAAUCCAUUCGAUGGCAUAUGGUUGUGGAAUCCGCCAACGAUUUCGGUCUCCCGAAGCACCAGACUGAAGAAAACGUGGAGUCUUUGAAGGUCAUUCCCUUGUGGGGUCUCGAUUUUAUGGCUCCUAUUCACGGAAUGUUCUUCAACAAGUUGGACAGCGAAGUUGACCAGCUUACAAUUGAGUCCACCAGAGAUGAUAUCAAGCGCAAUUUCGUUCCAACAUUGACGGCUCUUGUGAGAGGUGCCAGAGCCGUCCGGAUCACCCCAGCGCAUGUCAAACAAGCGACUCGGGCUUUGGUAAACCUCAAUACCUACUUCCAGGACUCCAGGCACUGGAAGGAAGUGUGGACAAGCGAUAUUGUGAAAGACGCCUGGCGCAACCUCUGGCUCGAGAGCAUCCCGAACGCGAAACCGCCAUCAGAGUGGUUUGACACCGAAUACCCCACGAUCGGUCAUUUUGAUUCGGCUUUGGAUUUAUGGUUCCGUUAUCUUUUCAUUUUCUCGAUACCUAUCCCGGAGCGGAUACCGGCCAUUUUCCAAGCAUCGCAUCAUAGUGUUUCGGCGUCUUACGGGAUUGUUUGUAAAAUUAAGCGUAACUGUACUCUCCAAAUUUGGGACCAUGCUAUUAGCUGGCGGGAGACAAACCUCUACUUGUCUUCCGCUCUUUGCACUCUACCACCAUUCAUUCGCAAUUCUCUCCUUGGUCUCAUGCGUCUUACGUCCAUGCUCAUCCUUCAUCACGCGGAUGUUAUCUUACCUUGCACGGACACUUUCAAUCCUGGCUGGGAAAUUGAAAUUGGAACAUCUCAAGGUGGAAUCGAACAUCGGAACAAGUUCCGUCGCAAGAUCGACCCAGUCGUCAAUGGGAUCACAGACAUGCACAAGUUUGCUCCGGUCACCGAGAUCACGACCAAGAAACCGACGGUAACCAUGCUAAGCCAUCUUUGGCUUGCGAAAGAUAUCAAGACCGCGCUUCUGGCCGCCGACAUCAUCAUCAACAAGUGGGGUUUCGAUGACUAUGUUCUUGACAUAUACGGCGCUUUGAACAAAGCCCCCAUCUAUUCAUCCGAAUGCCAGGAGUUGAUCGCGACCAAGGGACUUGCACCUCAAGUCACUCUGCGGGGAACAGCGGACCCCACAAAGGUGCUGGCAACCACGUGGCUAUUCCUCAACUCUUCAGUGUCUGAAGGUCUUCCCUUGGCACUCGGAGAAGCGGCUUUAACCGGUGCACCUGUUGUCGCAACAGAUGUCGGUGCAUCGUUGCGAGUCUUGACGGACCCAGACACAGGCGAGCGAUAUAGCGAGGUUGUCGCCCCCAACGACCCCUACUCACUUGCUCGGGCACAAGUCAACAUCCUCGCCAUGCUUGGAGAGUGGUCCAAGUUCGCCGAUGACAACCCGAAUGAACCUGCCCCCGCCCUACCCUUUGAACCAACCCCUGAGGACGUUAAGCGAAUCACUCAGCGCAUGUAUGACAAGAGCGACCACCGUCGUGCCCUCGGCAUGAAAGCACGCACCAUCGUCCAGAAAUCCUUCAGUGGGGCGCGCUAUCUCCGCGAACACGAGCAGAUGCUCUGGAUUGGCAAAGCCCGCUGGGAAGCCUUGGACCUUGAGAUCCUACCUGCAGUGUCCGCCACAAUGGAGCAGAAGAGCGAUAAGCAGCUAGAAAAAAUGGCUCAUCCGAAGACACCAUGGCUUCGCGGCCGCGACCGUGCAUCCGGCGCCACCUCCUUCACCAGCAUCUACAGCGAACUGAACGUCCAGAGCAGUCGCCAGAGC